ACGUGUCUUUAGAUCGUGAGGUGCAGGGAAAACUGGGAGUCGAAUAUCAACAAGAAGUAAAGGGAGAGUGUAAAUGCAGUGUACUGUCAAAUAACGUUAAAUUUGGGGCAGUUUCGCGUCAUCUGUUGUAAAUAUUUCACAAAGUCGUCCAAUCCGAUCGAGACACGGGUGUUACAGAUGUUUUUAGUCUUUUUUUCUAAUUUCGCCAUCUAGCGUAGCUGGACUGAAACUGCCAGCAGACGUAAAAAUCAUGUAAUAUUUGGGUCCGCAACUUCACCGAUUCGAAAGGCAAAAUGCGGGCAUUCCUAUUAACUCUGGGUAGUGUAGUGCUCACUACCGCAGUUAUCGGUAAUGCAUAUUACCAGAAGAAGCAGUUUUACCCCUCCGUGGUCUAUUUAACCAAGUCAAAUCCCAGCAUGGCGAUCAUUUACCUUCAAGCCUUCGUAAUGGUGAUACUGACCGGAAAGCUGAUGCGAAAAGUCUUCUUUGGCCAGCUGAGGGCUGCAGAAAUGGAGCACCUCAUUGAGCGGUCAUGGUACGCCGUCACCGAGACCUGUCUGGCCUUCACGGUCUUCAGGGACGACUUCAGCCCGAAAUUUGUGGCCCUCUUUACGUUGCUGCUCUUCCUCAAGUGUUUCCACUGGCUGGCAGAGGAUAGAGUCGAUUACAUGGAACGAAGUCCCAUCAUAUCUUACAUCUUCCAUUUGAGAGUCGUUGCGCUGUUACUUCUCCUGGGUUUCCUCGACUACGCUUUCGUGGCUCACGCGUACCACACCACACUCACGAAGGGAGCGUCUGUGCAAGUCGUAUUUGGAUUCGAGUACGCCAUUCUGCUCAGCAUUGUGGUAAACAUCUACAUCAAGUACUUUCUGCACACGAUGGAUCUCCACAGCGAAAAUCCGUGGGAGAACAAGGCUGUGUACCUGCUGUACACCGAGCUGGUCGUCAGCUUCAUCAAGGUCGUCCUGUAUCUGACCUUCAUGGCAAUCAUGAUCAAGAUUCAUACAUUCCCUCUGUUUGCAAUCCGUCCAAUGUAUCUCAGCAUGAGGGCUUUCAAGAAGGCCUUCAACGACGUGAUCAUGUCUCGACGUGCCAUCAGGAACAUGAACACAUUGUAUCCCGACGCGACGGCGGAGGAGCUGGCCUCGGCUGACAAUGUCUGUAUCAUCUGCCGGGAGGAGAUGGUAGGCGGGGGCAACAAGCGUCUGCCCUGCAGCCACAUCUUCCACACGGCCUGCCUGCGCUCCUGGUUCCAGCGCCAGCAGACCUGCCCCACCUGCCGCAUGGACGUGCUGCGGCACCCGCAGGCGGCCGCCGCACCCUCGCCCCAGGUGCCCCACCCGGCGGCCCCCAACGCACAGCCGCCCCAGCCGCAGGGGGCGGUGCCCCCCGUGGCCUUUGCUCAGUGGCCCGGGCUGGCCGGUCUUCCACUGUUUCCCCCGUUUCAGCAGAUGCAGCAGCAACUUUAUCAGCACCAACAGCAGCAGCAGCAACAGCAGCAACAACAACCAGGUGCGGCGGCAGGGGCAGCAGCAUCGUCAUCAGCAGCAGCAGCAGCAGCAGCGGGAGGCCCUUCGGGCACGGGUCAGCCGACUGCCGGGGCAAGCGCGGCUUCCUCGAGCAGCACGGCAGCGGCACCAGGAGUGGGCACCCCUUUCCUCCUACCACCCUUCUUUCCGCUGUUUCUGCCGCCUCCGCCUCCGGUGCCCCCGGAGGGCCUAGAGAGCCUCUCCGCGGAAGAGCUCAACGCCAUGGAGGGCCAGGAGCGAGAUAAGGUGGCAGCUCGCAUCCGCUGCCUCCGCAACAUCCAGACACUGCUGGACGCCGCCGUGCUGCAGCUGCAGCAGUACAGCACCACAGUGGCCAGAGAAACAAUGAACGAGCCACAGCAACCAUCCCAGCGGCCUUCCAGCGACUCUUCUACGAGAGAAAGCGCCGCGGCAGAUGCGCCUGCCACGGCCGACGCCAGCCCUCCAGAGGCGAAGCAGCGCAGCCACGAAGCGGUUGACAGCCAGGAGGGAGACGACCCCAACGCGGAGGUGCGCCGGCGGCGCCUCCAGAGGUUCUCCCAGGGCCCCGUGCCCAACGGAGUGUCUAGUCCCGAGCUCGGAAGCUCAGAGAGCGGCCACGACCACACCAACGGUCACCAGCACUGAAUCACCAGCGAGGAGAGAGGGGGACGACAAUGCGGGUCACCGCUACCCUCCUUCCGCACCUCGGUUCCCUCUCCCAACCCCACAAAAAUUCCUCCCUCUCCCCAGCCCCUCCGACGUGGGACGCAAAGCGAGCUAGCUAGUUUCUCUUUUUUUUUUCGUCUGGGAAGAAAAGCUGCACCUUUGCCGUUUCCUUCUUUCCCGUGUGUGUGAGUGUUUGGACUUCCCUACCGCCCCUUGGCACCCUCUUUUCCCUCUCCCCGUUGCUGGCACGUGGUCGGGGCCGACGGAAGCGACAGGGGGACGAGUCGAGGACAAAGAGACAAAAGUGUUCUUACCUAUUGUACAGAUCUUGUAUAAAAAGCUUUACGAGUGGAGAAAAAAAGGAAAGCCCCGGAUUGUUAGAGACAUUCCUUUUCGAAGAAAGCGUAUAAAUAAAGUGCACUCAAUCGCCA